AUGUCCUUGAAUUUGUCACCCGCUGUGGGCCUCUACAACCAGAUUCGGUGGGUGGACCACGACCGCGGGCGGCUGCUGCCGGAGAUAUCGAGAAUCGAGCACGGCAACGCGCAGCUCGAGAGCCUGCUGCGUCUGCACAGCGUCAGCGACCCCGCGGCCAUGCUGGGCGACUCAGCGGCCACCAGGGACGAGGCGGCCGAGCUCGAGGCGCGCAUGGCUAGGGUUAGGGAGGUGCAGAUGGCGCUCCGUGACUGCGCGUAUAGGCUGCUGGGCAGUCUAGGACCGGCGCACGACGCACACCGCGUCAUCUACCACGUUGGCGGGGCGUGGAGGGCGAUCACGUCGCUGCGGGAGCUACAACAAACGGGCGGAGAAGACAAAGACGAGCCACCCGAACCCAACCUAGCCCUCGCAAGGUCUGGCGGCAGCACACAGCUCGGUGCGGCGGAGCGGCUUCAGGUGGCGCGGCUCAUGGAGCGGCUGCGAUGGUGGCUGUCGACUCGGGACAAAGCCCUGGUUCAGUAA